UUCUUCAAACAACGAGGAACCGCUGUAACCGGGAUGAGACGGUGGAGCUCAUGGUGGGGGUUAACAACCGAUGCGAUGAGAAGACGAAGAAGAAGAAGCGGAGAUGGAGAUUCACUGGAAAUUGGAGCGGCUUGUUGCUAAGAGGCGCUCCCCAUUUCGGCCAUAUCGAAGCAAAAGGAACACCACCCCAGUCCACACAGACAAGAGAGAAAGAGAGAGAGAGAGUGUGUUUGAAUAGGAAGUCAAGCGCCCACCGCCGAGAGAAGGAGGCCGAGAACGCCGGAGAGAGGAGGCGGAGGCAAAUGGAGGAAUCGAUGAGAGAGUGCAUGAGGAAGCUGGCCCUCUGGCACACCCGGACCUUCAAGCCCAUCAUGACCCACGACGAGCUCGAGCCCCUCAUGGCCACCCUCGGCUUCGUCGGCCUCACCCCCUCCGCCUCCGCCGGCGGCGCCGUCGCCUGGAAAGAGUACGCCUACUCCCCCAUCUGGAGGAGGAGGAGCGGCGGCGGCGGCUGCUGCAGGUCCUCCGACGGCGGGGCGAGGCCGAGGCCGAGGCUGCCGUACCCGAGGAUCGACGGCCUGCACAGCUACACGUACCAGGCCUUCGUCGACGGCGUCAACUCCUACCUCGAGAUGUGCGACAUCUCCGUGCUCUUCCACAUUCGGGGCAUGCCGCUGCACAGGCUUGAUCUGUACAAGAAAUGGCGACGCAUGCAGGAGGACGAGAGCGUCUUCGUCUACAGAGAAGGGACUCUGGAUCAAGCCACUUACAAUCUCUACCAUUUCGACCAUCACGACGGCGACGGCGGCGGCGGCGGCGAUGGAAGUAGCUCCUUAGUUAUUCGCGAUAAGGGCAACAGUGCGCCGGUCAGCUUUCUGGUUCCUCUGAAGGACAUCAUACUCUGAGGGCGGCAGCGGCGGCGGCGAUAGUCGGCGAUCUGGAAGUUUUUGUAAGUGUGGGAAAGCGGAUGAGGUCGCUCUUUUGUUGAUUUUCUUUGACAUUCG